AUGGCUCCUCUCGAAUCAGAUGCCUUUUUCGCCGCCUGCUUUAGGAAUCUCAAGGAGAAACCUAAUGUCGACUUCGACAAAGUGGCUGAGGAGACUGGUAUGAGCGUUGGUGGUUCCAAAAACAAGUUUCGCGAUCUCAUGAGGAAGCUUGGAGUAGGCGAGGCAGGCAACAAGGCUGACACAGAGAAGAAGCCCGCUGCCAAAGCCAAGGCCAAGGCCACUGAGAAGGCUCCAAAAACGACUGGCACGAAACGAAAAGCUCCUGCCAAGAAGGUGGAAGUACCACCCACCUCCGAUGCCGAAGACGAAGUGGAGGUCCAGCAGUCUGACGCUGCCGAAGAUGGAUCAGAGCACUCCCAGCCUGAGUCACCAAAGAAGAAACAAAAGACUACCAAAGCUGCUCCUGCUCCUAAGAAGACUACCAAGGCCACAAAGAAGCCUGAAGCCAAGCCUAUUUCACCUGACAGCUCUGAACCUUCUUCCAAUGAGUCUUCUGGCGAAUCCGACAUCGAGAUGCAGCCGGCUCCUCCUCGCCCUGGAAAGAAGGAGCCAAAGCCAGCUGCCACCAAGAAAGGCACUGCCAAGAAGGUUGAUAAGAAGAAGGGAGCUGAAGCGGAUGAUUCUGCUUCUGAGCCCGAACCAAAGAAGCCUGUCAAGGAGGCCCCUAAGAAGACUACAGCACCAAAGGGCAAAGCCAAAACUGCCAAAGCAAAGCAGGUUGCAGAAGUCGAGAAGGAGGAAGACGAAACCAAGGACGAUGAAGGUUCUGGGGUUGAGGCUGCUCCCAAGACCAAGGGCAAGACACAUUCUCGAAAACCAUCCAAGUCAACCAAGGACACUGAAGUCAAGGUCAACGUCCCUGCACGAGCUGCCCCAACUGAGGAUGCUAUUGAGGAGGAAAAGGCUGAGGAUGGUGCUGAAGCUAAGGUCGACGAGGGCGUGGGCGAUACUGUCAACGAAGGAAAUGGCGAAGACACCAUCGAGCUCAACACUGGCGUUGGCGAAGUUAGCGAGACCUAG